AUGCCGGGCUCGGUGCCCCCCAUGCUGCCCUCAGCCCCCCUGAGCGCUCUGUGCCCCCCAUGCCGGGCUCGGUGCCCCCCAUGCUGCCCUCAGGGCCCCCCUGAGCGCUCUGUGCCCCCCACGCCGGGCUCGUUCUAUCCCAGGCCCCCUAAACUCCAACUGGGGCUUCCCCACAUCCCACCUGGGGACCCCAGAUCCCACAUGGGCACCCCCAGUCCCAUCCUAGCCCUGCCAGAUCUCAGAGGAUACCCCAGUCCUGUCCUGCAUGCCCCAAACCCCUUCUCCCCGUUUCAGGGCCGCAUCGCCUGCGCCAACGUCCUGAGUGACCUGUAUGCCAUGGGGGUCACCGAGUGUGACAACGUCCUGAUGCUGCUGAGCGUCAGCCAGCGCAUGACCGAGGAGGAGCGGGACAAGGUGAUGCCGCUGAUCAUCCAGGGCUUCCGGGACGCGGCUGAGGACGGGGGGACGUCGGUGACAGGGGGACAGACUGUGCUCAACCCCUGGGUCAUCGUGGGGGGCGUGGCCACCGCCGUCUGUCAAUCAAGCGAGUUCAUCAUGCCGGACAGUGCCGUGCCCGGAGACGUCCUGGUGCUGACCAAGCCCUUGGGGACACACAUGGCUGUCACCGCACACCAGUGGCUGGACAUCCCCGAGCGCUGGAACAAGAUCAAGCUGGUGGUGACACGGGAGGAGGUGGAGCUGGCCUAUCAGGAGGCCGUGUCCAGCAUGGCCACACUCAACCGCACUGCCGCAGGGCUGAUGCGGGCGUUCGGGGCGCACGCGGCCACCGACGUGACGGGGUUCGGGGUGCUGGGCCACGCCCGCGCCCUGGCGGCGCAGCAGCGCCUGGACGUGGCCUUUGUCAUCCACAACCUGCCCGUCAUCGCCAAGAUGGCCGCCGUCAGCAAGGCCUGCGGGGGCCGCGGGGGGCUGCUGCAGGGGACCGCGCCCGAGACGUCGGGGGGGCUGCUGGUGGUGCUGCCCCGCGCCCAGGCCGCGCGGUUCUGCGCCGAGCUGAAGGCGCCGGGCCGCGCCGAGGGGCUGCAGGCCUGGAUCGUGGGCGUGGUGGAGAAGGGGCCCCGCGGCGCCCGCGUCAUCGACAAACCGCGGCUGAUCGAGGUGCCCCCCCGCGGGGCCCCCCUGCGCCCCGACAGCCCCGGGACCCCCCCUCCGGAGCCGCCCCGAGCGCCCUUCUAAAGAACCACCCCUCAAAAAAAUUCCCAAACUGGGGGAAAUCCCAGCAGCUCCCAAAGAAAACCCCAAAGCUGGGGCAGAUCCCACCCCGAGCCCCCUUCUAGGGGAU